AUGGAGAAACAGUUGCAUUUGAACCUCCUGGCCUCUAGACCUCCUGUGGCAGGUGGUUUUCAGUCAGGCUCCAAAAUGAAAAUGGGGCCUGGACGAAAAAGAGAUUUCACCCCCCUGCCCUGGAGUCAGUACUUUGAAACCAUGGAAGAUGUUGAGGUGGAGAAUGAAAACGGCAAAGAUAUAUCCUUGACUGCUGUUUUUAUUAUUUAUUGGGAAGUCAGUAUACGUUUACUUUACUGCAGUGGUUCCCACGGGCCUGUGCUGCUCCUGCUUCACGGAGGAGGCCACUCCGCACUUUCCUGGGCUGUCUUUACCGCUGUCAUAAGCAGCCGGAUCAACUGCAGGGUGGUGGCUAUGGACCUUCGAGCUCAUGGUGACACCAAAGUGAGAAAUCCAGAAGACCUCUCUGCAGACACCAUGGCAAAGGAUGUUGGCAAGGUGGUGGAGGUUCUCUAUGGAGAGAACCCACCUCCAAUAAUGAUUAUUGGACACAGCAUGGGCGGGGCCAUCGCCGUCCACACAGCUAACGCCAAUCACGUCCCGUCGCUGCUCGGCCUCUGCGUCAUCGACGUUGUAGAAGGAACAGCAAUGGAUGCUUUGAACAGUAUGCAGAAUUUCCUCAGGAGUCGGCCAAAGACGUUUAAAUCUCUGGAGAAUGCCAUCGAGUGGAGCAUGAAGAGCGGGCAGAUUCGGAACCUGGAGUCGGCACGGGUGUCGAUGGGAGGCCAAGUGAAGAAAUGUGACCAGACCACCAGCAGUCCCAGCGUCUCCAUCAGCGUCGGCGAGGGCAUCAUCGAAGAGGAGGAGGAGGAAGAAGCGGAGGAACAGUCCAACAAGAAAAGAAUGAAGGAAGAUGACCAAGAGGUUCCGUUUUCUGACUCUCCUCAUCUUUCCCUGUGCCUGUUACCUUCGAUUUGCCGAAAUCUGAAAAAGAGGGUGGACAGACUUGACAAAGACCUCACUAUUGGACAGAUGCAAGGGAAGUUUCAGAUGCAGGUCCUGCCUCAGUGCGGUCACGCCGUGCACGAGGACGCCCCCGAAAAAGUAGCAGAUGCUUUAGCGACAUUUAUGGUCCGGCACAAAUUCACUGAGUUCAAGGAGGGAUUUCUGUGGUGA